AUGACUUCUCGCAAGCACACAAAAUUCUCCACCAAAAUUCAGUUCUAUCUGAAACACAGGGAGUCGCGUAUACUGAAACUAUGCAACGAUACCAUAGGUCCAGUGCCCAACGAUUCACUAAGUAAAGCGAUCUUCAGACUGUUGUCAAAGCCGGUAGACAAUAAAAGCAUUAUACAACUUUUUGUCGACAAGGGCCACAAAUCGUCGCAAUCAACCGCCACGAGCAACAGCAACACUGUGAAGACCGUCUUACCAGAGUACCAGAAGGAGGUUGAACGCUUCCACGGGCGCAUCAUCUGCAACGACAACACCUGCAUCAUCGACCCGGUCGCCUCUCCUAAGAACGACAGCAAUUCGAAUCCUCGCACACAUUCCUUCCGAAUUGUCUCGUUCAGCAAGGAGAGCGAAGCGAACCGGGGCGUGGACGCAGCAGCCACCGUUGGCGUGUUCGGAGCGGACGAAGACACGGGUGUGGGGGCGUCCGACAGGCGGGGCCAGGACCAGGAGCAGGCGCAGAACCUCAUCACACGAUCACCAGCGUCGCCGUCCUCGGGCGGUUCCGUUACUGCCACCGGCGUCGUCCCGAUGACCGGAGGCUCGACCAGUAACCACAAGGCGAUCCUGAUGUGCUUCAGCUGCAAGCUUAGCUUCGGUACCUGCCGAUCCUUUACAGCGCAUGCCAAAAUAGAGCACAGUCUCACACUCAACGACUACGAGCGGAUGCUGCUGGAGAAGAACUACAGCAGUGCCAUCAUCCAAACGAAUGCUGAGAAGCAGUUCUUUUUUCUGGUUCCUUUCGAAGAGAAGUCUUCAGCCAAUAGUAACAGUAGGAAACACGUCGAGAGCGAAGAGAGAUACAAGACCAAUAGUAGUAAUAACGGUAGCAACAGCAGCAGCAGCAGUAGUAGUCUGAACAGCUCGACCGCCGCGAUCAGCACCGGCGGCACCGUCGGUGGCAACAUCCUCGCAAACAGCGGCGUCAAUGGCAAUCACAGCAGCAGCGGCAACAGCAUGAGCAGCAGUAGCCCGAACAACGGUAUCCUUGGAUUGUUGUCUCAGCAUCAACAGCUCCACCAGCAGCAGGUACACCAGCAGCAGCAACAACAGCAGCAACUUCAGCAGCAGCAGCAACACCAUCUGCAACAAUCGUCGCUCCCGGCCGAUACUUACCCGGCCAGUGGUAUGGGUUUCGAUGGCGGUGCCAGCUUUCCAAAGCUCACCUCCAACAGUGCGCUGCUGUACGAGAUGGAUAACAAGCUGCAGCAAAGCUGGAAGCUGGCUGCGGAGAAGUACGGCAACGUCAUGAACGAAAGUGCCGCCGUGGCGGCCGCCGCAGCCGCAGCCGCCGCCGCUGCUGCCGUUGCCGGUGAUGGCGAGAAGAAGUCGUCCGGGAAUGGUGGAGGUGGUGGGGCGGCGUCGACCGCAGCCGCCGUCAGCGGGAAGCUGCUGACGGAUUUUCUCAACCAGCAGAAAAUGCUGUCGUCGGUGGGAGAAAAUCUGUACGGCAAGCAGAACAAGUUCCUCGAGCUGAUCAGCUCGGCGGCGGACAUGAAGUUGAACCCGCUGGCGGCGGCAGCGGUGGCGGCGGUCGCCUCUAACAAGGGCACCACGGGCGGGUUGGCGGACAUCGCGGCCGGGGGCGACUUUCACGUGAAGAAGUACAAUCCGGUUGAUCUGUACAAGCAGCUGUUGGCGAACAACUUCCGGCCUGAGGCGAUGGAUGUUGGGGAGGAGCUGAAGAACGAUCAUCAGAUCAGCGUGAAGAAGCUGGAACCUGAACCAUCGACGGCGUUCCGGAACAGCAACUUCAGCCCCAACAUCUCGACACGCAACUCCUGCAAAACGUUGAAAUGUCCUCAGUGUAACUGGCACUACAAGUAUCAGGAAACGCUCGAGAUUCACAUGCGCGAAAAGCACCCGGAUGGAGAGACGGCCUGCAGUUACUGUCUCGCUGGACAAGCCCAUCCACGGCUGGCACGGGGUGAAUCGUACACCUGCGGCUAUAAGCCGUACCGUUGCGACAUCUGUAACUACUCGACCACCACCAAGGGCAACCUCUCGAUCCACAUGCAGAGUGAUAAGCACCUGAACAACAUGCAAGACCUGAACGGCAUGAUGAACAAGAGCAAUCAGAACUUCCUUAACCUCGCAACUCUGCAAGCGAACGAGAAAGUGGUCAGUAACUCGCGCAACCAGUACAUGGCGGCAGCGGCCGCGGCCAGCGCCCCAUUGGCCUCGAUGUCGGCCAAGCUUGGGGGUGGCCAGACCAAGGAUGCGGGUCCAGGUGGUUACGAAACCGGCGGACGGCCAAAGUCCUUCUUCAAGUGUGACAUCUGCAACUACGACACGAACAUCGCGCGCAACCUGCGCAUCCACAUGACGAGCGAAAAACAUAUCAGCAACCUGAACUCGUUCCAGUCCAGCUUCAACCAGCUGAAGAGCUUGCAGAACCUAUCGCAAUCGGACAACCUCGACUAUCUGAGUGCGAUCAAUCUGAACACGCUGAAGGAGGACUCGCCGAUGGCGCGUGUGGACGAGUACACGGCGGCUGCUGCAGCAGCAGCAGCUGUUGCUGCUGCCGCCUCUGGAGGUGCCACUGGCAACACCUUGAAGCCAUUGUCGAUGCCCUCGUCUCCGUUUGGAGCACCACUAGAGACGGCUACGCCGGAUUCGUUGUUCCUCAACCAACCGUCGCCGUUUAGUGCUACGAGUGAAACCGGCACCGAACGAGACUAUCACCAGCUGGAUGAGGAUAAGAACCCGCUUCAUUUUGAUCCACCCAUCAGGCUGUCGCUUGAUCCGGCGACGUACUACAGUUGUCUGGUGUGUGCUGAUUUCGAAACGAACAAUCUGGAGGAACUGAAGAAGCACGUGUUGAAGGACCGUGCGAGUAGCGCGAUGGAUACGAUCCUGCUGGCUAACGGUGGUCAGGAGUGUCUACUUUGCGGGCAGAAGGUGCACGAACGGGUCGAGAUGGAACGCCACCUGAAGGCAGAACACCACGUGAAGCGGUUCGAGCUGAUGGUACACCUGCUGGAGGGUCGCGACAAAACGGCCACUAAGCUGCGCCAGUUUGUCGGACAGGAGCUGUUCAAAAAGCUGCAGCUCAUCUUCCCGUUGGCGGAGGAAUCGAAAUUUGCGUACGAUGAGAUGCCUAGCGUCAGUGAAAUUUCGCGAUCUCCGCUAAUGCUGCUUCUCGAGCCGAAAACCGAGCUUAUUGAGCGUGAUUUCAGUGGUGCGAAUGGCAUUGAUGGUGAUCAAACGGCUUCCUCAUCGCCAGACAACGUGCAGCUCAAGUGCAACUGUUGCAACUUUUACACCACCUCGCUGGAGAAGAUCGGCAUCCACAGCCUGUCGGAGAAGCACAUUUUCCGGCGGAUCUGCUUCGACUACCUGCUGCUAAUCUCAAGCGAGAAGUCAACCGCCGGUGGCUCGCUGAACCUCGCGAACGUCAGCGUAAAGGGCGAAGAUGGCACGAAGCUGCAGCAAUCCUCACCGAAAGCCAACCAGCUGAUGCUGACCUGCGUGCCGUGUGGUUUCAAGACGGAUCACAUCUACUACAUGAUUCAUCACCUGAAGAAGAGCUGCAAGGUGGAGCAGAACAUCAACCUGCUUGGGCUGCGCAACAUUUUCAAGCUGACCGCUAAAGGUUUAGAUGCCCAAGAUGCAAUGGAUACGGGAGACAAUGGGCUGUGCAGCAUACUGCAGGAGAAGAAGAUGUGGAACGGUGAGAAUGCCAGCAACAGACAAGUUACAGGCGGCUGUAAGGAUCGCUGCCUCGUGUGCAGUGUGUGCAACAAGUUCUCCUCCAAGAAAGUGAACGUGAUGCAACACCUGCUGGCGAACCACAACGCCGGUAACGAGCUGCUGGGUGGCGUCGAACUAUCCCCGAACGUGCCAUCUCUACCACGGAAGCCCUUCGAUUAUUUGCGCACCUUGGCUGAGGCUCGAUGCGCCCAAAAUCUGCGCCUCAUCGAGAAGGUCACCUUCAUGAAUGAUUCGUUCGCGUUGAAGGAAAACUGUAACGAUCUAAAGCACGGCAACUUAGCUGAGAUGCUGGAACAGUACGCGGCCCGUCAGGAUGGAGCUGAUAGUCCGACGGCCCGAUCGCCAACGCUUGAGAAGCAGCAACAUUCGCCACCACCGGCUCUAUCCUGUCCAUUGUGCGCGGACGCCUUCCUCGACCAGGCGUCCGUUGAGGCGCAUGUCCUGCGCGUGCACAACAUCAAGAUGGACGGGCUGAACCGGCUGCUGAAGCUGGUCGAUACCUCGCAAUUUCUGAAAACGACCAAUGGCCGACCGCAGCCGGGAAGUCAGAGCAGUAGUCCGGUGGAGAAACACCCACCGACUUCCGGUUCGCCACAUUCACCCAAGGAGGGUUCGGUGUCACCGGGAGCACCCAGUAUCCGGUGUGCUUACUGUAAGGCUCCAUUCGACACGAUGGUGGACCUUAAGAUUCAUUGCAAUGAGAGCAGCCACUUCCGGCGUAGUGCCGAUUCGGAUGAUCUUGCUUGCUUCCUGCAUGAUUGCAAGGAUGCGUUCGAUAACCUGGCUGACCUGAAUCAGCACUUUAAGGCGAAUCAUUUGAACUUUCUUAUCUCGGAGCAUCACACGUACCGAUACCGGUGCAAGCAGUGUCCGUUCGCGUUCAAGACGCACGAGAAAUUGAGUCGGCAUCUGUUCUAUCACUCGCUGCGUGAGUCGACCAAGUGCUUCUACUGUGACCAUCAUUUCAAGAACAUCCACUCGCUGACGGCGCACAUCGCCGAGAAACAUCCUCAGGAGGCGCUUCAGUCUGGCAAGCCGUCCCCACCGGGCAUUCCUGCGCCAGAUGCCUCCAUCCUUUUCUUCAAGGAUCUCAAGCGCAAGAUGCUCAGCAGUCAGCAGCAACAGCAGCGGAAUGGGUUGAGUCCACGUUCCGAUCGAUCGGGUGGUGGACGUGAUGCUCGAGACAGUAUCGACGAGGACAGGUUGAGCGAGAAAUCGGUCAGCUCGAAGAGCAGCAGCUUCUACUACGACAAGAGCCUCGAUGGCAGUGGUACGUCGGAUGCGCGAUACGCCUGCACCGACUGUCAGUUCACCUUCACCGAUUCUGGGGCACUUGAGCGGCAUCUGGCCACUGCCUGCCAUAUGCCGCGCGAUGAUAAGGCCUCUCCGGAUUCACUGGCCGCCUCGCUGAUGUCCUCUCUCGCCAAGCACCACCAGCAGCAGCAACAACAACACCAGCAACAACACCAGCAACAACAGCAGCAACAUCAGCAGCAGGUGGCGCCAUCUUCCGCUCAGAUGAGCUCGCUGUUCUACGAUAUCAAGUCGGAGAAGUUCACCAACCCGAACCGCCCGUUUAAGUGCACGAUCUGUAUGGAGAGCUUCACGCAAAAGAACAUUCUGCUGGUGCACUACAACAGUGUGUCGCAUCUGAACAAGCUGAAGAAGCUGAAGGCGGACAAAGGGUUCGCGCAAAUGUUUACUGGGUCGCUGCUGGGUGCGGACCUCAGUGGAGCUGAUGGUUGUCCGGAUCGUGGCAAGAACUCACCCUCACCAACGGUGCCCUUCGGGGAGAAAGCGGUCACACCCUUCUCGAUGCCCUCGUUCGCGGAUGGGUGCAGCGGAGGUGGUGGAGAAAAGCGCAAAGACGUCGGUGAUGAGAAGGAGUCGGCUCGCAAGAAGUUCAAGUGUGACAUUUGCAACGUCGCGUAUACGCAGGGUAGCACACUCGACAUCCACAUGCGGAGUGUACUGCAUCAGACGCGUGCCUGUCGUCUGCAGGAACGUAGCCUCUUCUCGGGCCAAUCAGGUGCAGUACAACAACAGCAGCAACAGCAGUCCCCACAGGGUACUGAAGGUGGCAAGAAGAAGAGCGAAUUUCCACUCAUCCAUCCGAUCCCCGAGAGCCACGAUCAAUCACCCAACAUGCUCGAUGAGGUGCCCAUGCGUAAGCUCAAGUCACCCUCCGAGCAACAACAGCAGCAGCAACAACAACAGCAACAACAACAACAGCAGCAGCAACAGCAGCAGCAGCAGCAGCAUCAGCAACAGCAGCAACAACAGGUGCAGCAGCAACUCCACCAGCAGCAAGCUCUGGGACCGUUAUUCUGUGGUGUGCCAGUAGGUGGACCUGAUAAGCCGGAGAUCUGCGUGUGCGACUGCUGCUACCAGGUGUUCCCAAGCAAGCUGAUGUUGGACACACACCUCGAGCUUAGCCCAGAGUGUCUGGUGCACCGCAAAAAGCUGCUGGAAUCGGCCGCCAAUCUGCAGGACGGUGGCCCACUGGGAUUCCCUAAUGAUGGCGGAUUCCAGCAUCACCAGGCCCUCGCAGAGUUGGCGAAGGUGAACGCACUGACAGGCUUCGAUCUGGGCGUACCAGCUGAUGCUGCUGCACUGCUUGGUGCGAAGAAUCUCGUACCAGCAAUGGAUCCUGCGGCUACGGCAGCUGCUGCAGCAGCCGCUGCCAAUUUGAUGGAUCCGAGCUUCCUGAAGAACGCUUCACUACUGCAAUUCGCGGCCUCCGAUCCGACCAACAAACUUAACCCCAACGCGCUCAACGUGCUCAACUUCAUGCACUUCCAUCACCUGAUGUCGCUGAGCUAUCUCAACCUCGCACCGCAGCUCAGCUUCGGCGGCGUUCCACCUAAGGUGGGUGGAGACCCUACCAAACCGGACGGAUCGCCAGGUGGUGGUGGAGUGGACACGGGUAAAGGUGGCAAGGUGCCACAAGGAGGUGUACUACCACCCGUCAACCUCAACGGGAAGCCGCUUGAUUUGAACAUGCUAUCUCACGGACUGGAACCGAAGCUGGCACCACAGCCACCCCAACAACACGGUCAGCAACAACAGCAACCCUGCACGCAGAAGCGUGCCAGAACGCGCAUCACGGACGAACAACUGCGCAUCCUGCGCUCACACUUUGACAUCAACAAUUCACCGAGCGAGGAGAGCAUCCAGGAGAUGUCGCUGAAAGCGAACCUGCCGCAAAAGGUGGUGAAGCAUUGGUUCCGCAACACGCUGUUCAAGGAGCGCCAGCGCAAUAAGGACAGUCCGUACAAUUUUAGCAUCCCUCCUUCGACGAAGUUGAACGUGGAGGAGUACGAACGUACUGGUGAGGCGAAGGUGACUGACCUCGAGACGUCAUUCAAAGUGGCUAAUGAGGCUAGUGUACUGUCACAGGACAAUUCUUGCUCACAAAGCUCGACAGACAUGAGCAAGGCGUUGAACGAGGCGAUGAAACAGAACCUCUCCAAGUCGUUGCUGGAGUCUCUUAGCAAGCAUCAGUCCGCAGCUGGGCAAGAUCUAGUGGGUGCUGCGGCGGCCUUCCACCUUAACAAGAGCCUCUUUCCGGAUGGAUUCGGUGGUGGAGUUGGUGGCGGUGUUCCUGGAGGUGCUGGAGGUCCCGAUUUCUCCGGUCCGGAUGCUGUCGGGUCGAUGUCCGACUACUUCCAACGUGCGGCUGCCGAUGCCGUGGCCAUUGGAGCGGCCGUAGGUGGGCCAGGAUCCGUUGGAGGUCCACUCUCGCUUGCAGCAGGUGUGCCUGGUUCUGGAGGUUCUGCUGGAACCGGAGGUCUCAUGGGUGGAAUCAUAGGCACUGGUGGAGGAAUUGUUAGUGGAGGUGGUGGUGGUGGAGGUGGUGGUGGAGGAGGAGGCGGUGGAGGUGGUGGCAAGAAGAAGAAGAUCAAAUCGGAGUCGUCGAACGACAGCCCAACACCGGCCGACUUGCAGCUUGAUUCGUCCAACUCCAGUCCAAUGCCGAUGCGACCUCCAAGUGCCAUUUCGUUGAAGAAACACAUGGCCACUCCACCGUCGCUUGUCGUUGGUGAGGAGAUGAAGAUUCCGAGUCCUAUUGAGAGUCCCGUCAUCUCGCCACCAGGCUCAAUGGGUUUGCAUGCUCUGCCACCGCAAACGCAGCCAAUCACCUGUUCGAAUGGUAAACGUGCCAAUAGAACGCGCUUCACCGACUAUCAGAUCAAGGUGCUGCAGGAGUUUUUCGAGAACAACUCGUACCCCAAGGAUAGCGAUCUUGAGUACUUGAGCAAGCUGCUGAUGCUCUCGCCCCGUGUCAUCGUCGUCUGGUUCCAGAACGCCCGGCAGAAGCAGCGCAAGAUCUACGAGAACCAGCCAAACCCGACGUUCGAGUCGGACGAAAAGAAAGCCAUCAACAUCAACUACACCUGCAAGAAGUGCAACCUCGUGUUCCAGCGCUACUACGAGCUGAUUCGUCACCAGAAGAACCACUGCUUCAAGGAGGAGAGCAACAAACGCUCGGCCAAAGCGCAGUUGGCCGCGGCCCAGAUCGCGCACUCGUUCACCAGCGGCAGCGAGGACUCGGACUCCAGUCUCGACGUCAGUCGGCGUGAGUUCCAGCCUCGCGAGAACGACUGCCCUUUCUAGGAGCCGUGGGGCGGCUGGAGGGCGCCGGCUAGCAUGCAGCACUAGAGGAGUCCCAUUCGCAACCAAACACACCUUCCUAUCCUUCUCUCGACUGCUUGGGUGCGGCCUUCGAGGGGGUGAGAUAGUUCCGGAGUUAGACCUUUGUGGGUUGUAACACCUGCUCUAUCUCGCGAUCCAUAUCCGAUAGCUUCACUCUCGGAGGCCGGUGUUCCACCUAAGGGUGUAUGGUUCGCUGAAGGACACCUCGACGGCACCAUGUGCGCCUUUUCGCCUUCCUCCCCCUAAGGGCGGU